CAGGUCGAAUUUACUAACGGAAGAAGUGUGUAUUAGGGGUCUAAAUCUAUCAUUAGGUGGUUUCCUGUGAUAACGACAGGAAAUCCGGUUUCCGUCAAGUUUCGCGCUGCCGAUUUGAACCUGCUGACAGUUAGAGUAGUUCAUUUGAGCCGACUGCAAAUAUUGGUCAAAGGUGAAUAGGUAGUAAAGAAAAAAAGAACAAGAAGAGAAAAAGAUCACUCCCCACCGCAGAUACCAGAUACAAUCGUUCCUUCUUGUUGUUAGUCGAUGAUUCGAAUUGUUAUAAUUGUGCUGGCAGUUGGCUAAACGAGCGCAGUGAAAAUCCCUACGUGCGAUAGAAACUAAAAAAUCCCCCAGUCAGAGGCAUCAUCCAUCUAUGGUAUAUCUGGGUAUAUAUAUUCAAUAAGCGAGAAAAUAGCCGCGAGACACGGCCCGAUAAUUCGCAGAGUCGCAGGGCACGUAACACGAAAACAGUGAGCAACAAACGAGGGAGGAAAACAAAUCUAAUUGAGCAGUUAAACAGAAAGCGAUCAGGAGAGGAGAGGAAUAAAGUAGAUUACACAUUGCACCGUUCAAGUGUUCCAAACCAUCGAGUUCAGGUUUAUUGUGGUGUGCGGUCUACGUAGCUCCGGUAGGGCUGUAACGUGUAACGAACGCGUAACUGCGAGCGCAGAAUUCCAAAGCAAUAAUACGAAAUACGGGUUAUAUUGUUUAUAUGUUGACUAUAUGUGUAGUUGUUUGUUGUAACGUGCGACCACCGAUAAACGAGCAAAGGUCCCACCACGUCCUAUAACACCCUUUGGAUUGCUGCAGGAGCGGAAGACGAUAGUAACGAAUCAUACUGGAGGGUGUCCAAGUGCCAGCACGCAGUCCUCAAGACUUACAGCCAACCAACUCUGGGUUGGCGCCAGCAAGUCCUGACAUGGAUGACACCAGCAGUAAAAGGCAGGCUACAAGAGUGUUCAAGAAGAGCUCUCCUAAUGGAAAGAUCACCGUUUACCUAGGCAAACGCGAUUUCGUAGAUCACAUAUCACAUGUGGACCCUAUCGAUGGUGUUGUUCUUAUAGAUCCAGAGUAUUCGAAGGGUCGUAGGGUGUUCGGACACGUCCUGGCCGCCUUCCGCUACGGAAGAGAGGAUUUAGAUGUACUCGGUUUAACCUUUAGGAAAGAUUUAUACCUCGCCGCCGAACAGAUAUUCCCGCAAGAAAACAAUACUAGACCAUUAACUCGAUUACAAGAACGUCUAAUUAAGAAAUUGGGACCAAAUGCAUUUCCGUUUUAUUUUGAAUUACCACCACAUUGCCCUGCUUCAGUGACACUGCAGCCAGCACCUGGUGAUACCGGCAAGCCUUGCGGUGUCGAUUAUGAACUGAAAGCGUUCGUAGGGGAAACCCAAGAUGAUAAACCGCAUAAACGAAAUUCUGUGAGGUUAGCUAUAAGAAAAAUAAUGUACGCUCCGAGCAAACAGGGAGAACAGCCGUCCGUCGAGGUGAGCAAGGAAUUUAUGAUGAGCCCUAACAAAUUGUAUUUGGAAGCUUCGUUAGACAAAGAGUUGUACCAUCACGGUGAGAACAUCGCUGUCAACGUGCACAUAGCCAACAACUCGAACAGGACAGUGAAAAAGAUCAAGGUGUCUGUUCGUCAAUUCGCUGAUAUUUGCUUGUUCUCAACUGCACAAUACAAGUGUACAGUCGCCGAAACGGAAAGCGAAGCAGGUUGCCCAGUUUCGCCCGGAUUUACUAUGUCGAAAGUAUUCGCAGUACGUCCUUUAUUAGCAAAUAAUAAAGAUAAAAGAGGGUUAGCUUUGGAUGGCCAAUUGAAACACGAAGAUACGAAUUUAGCGUCGUCAACUAUAGAAGGCUGCCCCAUCGGCCCUGGCUUCACACUGAGCAAAGUGUUUACUUUGACACCUCUUCUGGCCAAUAAUAAGGAUAAGUGGGGCCUUGCAUUGGACGGACAACUUAAACAUGAGGACACUAAUUUAGCAUCGAGCACUUUAGUGGCUGAUCCGCAGCAACGUGAGAACCUUGGAAUCAUAGUCCAAUACAAAGUGAAAGUAAAGCUUUGCCUGAGCGCACUUGGAGGUGACCUUGUCGCCGAAUUGCCGUUUAUCUUGAUGCACCCGAAGCCCGAGGAGGAGCUUCUUCUGCCGGAAACAUCACGUAGGGCCAGUAAUGAAAUGGGCGCCAACGUUUCGGAUGAUGCUAAUUUGAUACAAUUGGAUGCGGAUGAGAACAACGUUCAGGAUCACGACGACGACAUCAUUUUCGAGGACUUCGCCCGACUUAGGUUAAAAGGUGGCGAAACGGAAGCAUGAAGUAGACGUGUUAAACGAGUUAACUAUAUUUAAUAUCAGUUUUGGGAGUAGGCGUGAUCCCUAUCGUUGUGCCCUAGUCAAAAACAAAAUUUAUUAAACCAGAAUUAAGAUGUAAUGCCGAGCAAACCGUAAUUAUAUAAACAUACUAUACAAUGUAUUUAUAUAUAUAUACAGACACACACCGAUAUACGUAUGUAUGUAUAUGUAUGUACAUAUAUAUAGUGCGAAGAGUCUACUUAUGAAUUAAAGAUAAAUAUUUGAUGGAAUGUAUGGAAUAAUGCAAGAAAAAAAUAAUAAUAUUAAUAGGU